CCUUUAUAAAAGCAAAUCAAUUCCUCGCUCUUUGAUAACAUCAACACAUACUGAGAUUAUAAGAAAGAGAUAUAAGAAUACAAAAAAUACUACCUUCCAAAUUUAAACAGAGAGCAACAAUUUCACAUUCAUUCUAUACAUACACACGUGUCUGUAUGUAUACACAGUAACCAUUCUUUCAAUUUCUUCCCAUCCAUCAUCAAUGGCAGCUUCAAGGAGCUAUUUCGCCACGGCAAACUAUCAUUUCCUCUCCACCGAGCCAGACCUUGCGAUGACUCCUGAUUCGGUGUUCGAGUUCGACGAAUCAGACGUGUGGAACUCAUCGACGGUUUCUCAGUCGCCGGAGUUUCGUAAGAAAUCUCCGAGCUCAAGGAUCUCGAGGAAGCAGCGCGAAACGAAGAGCUACCGAAAAUGUUCCGGCGCGACGGCGACAGCGACAGCGACGACGACUGCGGCGUCGUUGCCGGUGAAUGUACCGGACUGGUCGAAGAUACUAAAGGAUGAGUACAGAGAGUACGGAAGGAGAGAUAGUGAUGAUGAUUUAGACGACGAUGAUUUGGAUAAUCGGAUUCCGCCUCACGAGUUUUUGGCGAAGCAGUUAGAGAGGACACGGAUUGCAUCGUUUUCCGUGCACGAAGGAGUUGGGCGGACUCUCAAAGGGAGAGAUCUGAGUAGAGUCAGAAAUGCUAUAUGGGAGAAAACUGGAUUCCAGGAUUGAUCCUUUUAUUCAAAUCUCAACUAUUUUGAUCCUUUUCUUUUUUUUACUUGACGGUCACUUUUUAAAUAUCAAGUCCAUCACUGCUUUGUGAUUGUAAGUUUUUUUUUUUUUUUUUUUUGAAGUUUUGAGAGUAAAUUAAGACAAAAAAAAUUGAUCCUACUUUUGAUAUAUUGUCCAAAUUUGCUGGUAGUUUCAGAUUACAAAUGCACCAUUGU